AUGUCUGAACAAAUCGGUAUAUCUAAUUUGCCCAAUCAGAGAUACAAAUUGGCCUCCAAAAAUGGUGGAUACUUCACCUUGAUGGUAGCUGGAGAGUCAGGAUUGGGAAAAACCACUUUUAUCAACACUUUAUUCCAAACCACUUUAAAGCAAUCUCCAGAUGCUAAGGUUCGUCACAAAUCAGAUAUCCAUAAAACAGUUGAGAUCGAGAUCACGCGUGCCGAAUUAGAGGAGAAGAAUUACACAUUGAGAUUGAACGUCAUCGACACUCCAGGAUUUGGAGACAAUAUCAACAACCGGAACGCUUUUCAGCCAAUUGUAGAUUUUAUUGAUGAUCAACACGAUCUGUACAUGAAACAAGAGCAGCAGCCAGAGAGAGCUAGAGCCCAUGAUUUAAGAGUCCAUGCGUGUUUAUACUUCAUUAGACCCACUGGUCACACUUUGAAACCUCUUGAUGUUGAAGUUAUGAAGAAGCUAGGCAGUAGGUGCAAUUUGAUUCCAGUUAUUGCCAAAGCAGAUACUUUGUCCCCAAAUGAAAUGUUGGACUUUAAGAACAACAUUCGUGCCAUCAUUGAAGCGCAGGAUAUUAGAAUAUAUUCUCCUCCAAUCGAUCAUGAGGACCAAGGCGCUGCCGAGCAUGCUAGACAGUUAAUUGAAAGUAUGCCCUUUGCCGUCAUCGGAUCUGAAGACUUACAUGAAGUCACUCCAGGAGCAGCCCCUGUUGCCGGGAGGAAAUAUCCAUGGGGUAUUGUGGAAGUAGAGAAUGAUCAACAUUGUGAUUUCCGUAAGUUGAGAAGUUUACUGCUGAGAAUCAACAUGUUGGAUUUGAUCUUGUCCACUGAAGAAUUACACUACGAGACCUACAGAUCGUUAAGAUUAUCAGAUGAUGUACCAGAGAGAUCACACGAGAUUAGUAGGAUUAACAAUCCUAAAUUCUUAGAAGAGGAGAAAGCUCUGAGACAGGCUUUCAGCAACCAAGUCAAGGUAGAGGAACAACGAUUCAAGCAAUGGGAACAAAAUAUCAACACGGAACGUGCCAGGUUGAACCAUGAUCUAUCCGAGAUCCAGGAGCAAAUCAAACAGAUGGAGGACCAGAUCAAAAAGCUGGAGAUUUCUAAGGGGAUCAAGGUGUAG